AUGCAAUCUAUAAAUCCCUACCAGAUUAGCUCUUAAGAUGCUUAACAUAUCUAAUACGUUGUUUAGCCUUAAUAUGGAUAGUAGGUCAAAGUUUUAACUAGUGCAGUAAUUCCUUAGUAGUAGAACUAUGAAGGCUCUAUCCUUAACUAGACUUAGGUUUAAUCUUUUGAUAACUCCUUCAAUUAUGCAGGUUAGAAAACUCCCUUUUUAGUUUAAAGCAAUGCUCAAUAAGCUCCUCAAUAAGUUUUACAAUAUUCAAUGUAACCAAUAGUAAAUCAGCAGUAAAAACAUCAGAUUUAAGUUAAUGGAUAGCAGGUUUAUCCAUAAAAAGGUCAGACUGAUAGAUUAAACGAUACAAAUGACGAUAGAUUUAGGUUUUCUAAUAUCAGCUCGAUAUCUAAUAACAACUCUAUGAUUAGUCAUAGCAGAAAAGUCUCUGAUAGAAUACCUGCUCCUUAUACUCCAACAAUAGCUUCUUAGAUUGUCUAGCCGGGGGCAUCAUAGGUUAUCAACCCCCUAUCAACUUACAACUAGUAGCUUCAAAUUCAUCAAUAACAACAAGAAAAACUGAAAGACAUAUAGAAUAAGACUAUAAACUAAACAUUUAGCACUAAUGUAUACAAUUCAAAAGAAGAUAAUGAACAAAGAUUGCGUGUUCUCAUUAAAGAAAAUGAAUAACUGAUUAAAGAAAACGAAUAUUAUAAAAAGGCUCUCUCUGGAUUGCCUUAACAAUAAUAAAAUAUCAUUGCUCUUUAGCAAUAGAUUUAGCAAUUAGCUAAUUAGACCGAAAGUGUGUAGUCUUAGUUGUAAGUACAAAGAGAUGAAGCAGCUAUGUGGUGUAAUAGAGAAAAAGAGAUGAAUGAAAGAUGUAAAGGAAUUUAUGAGCAGCUUUAAAUGGUUAAAAAUUAGGAUAAUGUGCAGCUUGCUUCGUAAAAUUAGCAAUUAUAGCAAAGGAUAAUCUAACUUGAAUAAGAUAACUAAGCUUAAUAAAGAUAGAUAAAUGAGUUGAAUGCUACUUUAAAAGUUUAUAAAGACUCAAUGUAAAACUAAGGAAUAAUAUCUAACUAAGCUUAAAAUAGGGCAAAUUUAGAAAACAAUUUUAGCUCUUAAGUAAACUCUUAUGGCAUAAGCAAUAACUAUGCAGGUUAAAUUGAUUACAGUGGAAAAUAUUAGUAAUCUUCUUCACAGAAAACAGAGCCUUAGUCAAACCCUGGUACUAGUAGUGAAAUUAGUAAUUAAUAUGCCUAUUCAAGUCCAAAACAAAGAGAAGAAAUGGUUUAAUCCAUUAUUAAGUAAUACAAAUUAGGCGGAAAUACUCCAUCUUCAAACACUGCAAAUGCACAAUAAUUCAAGAAACAAGAUGAGUAUUCUUAUAACACUAAAGUAAUUACAAGCUAUACAAAUGGAAACAGCUAAAAUGAAGGAAAUUAGCAGUAGGAAGCUGAGACAGGAGACUGGAGAACCAAAUAUGAUAAUUUAUCAUAAAAGCUUAAUAAUUUGAAUUAUGGAGGUGAUUCUUCUACAAACAAGUCAAUCUAUUGA